CCACCUUGAGGCGGAGUGGUUAAACAAAGGUGACAUGCCACGAUUUGAAGAAUACAUGGACAAUGCUGGACUCUCAACUUGCUAUCAUGUAAUGGCAAAUGUAGCUUUCACUGGUAUGGGAGAAAUCGCGGGGGUGAAGGAAUUUGAAUGGCUUAAGAGUUUUCCAAAGAUUGAUGAAGCAACGAUGAUAAUAUGUCGUCUUAUGGAUGAUUUAGUAACAACCGAGCGUGAGAAACAAUGGAAACAUAUUCCUACGGGAAUCGAGUGUUACAUGAAGACGUACGGUGUCUCUGAAGAAGAAGCUGUAGAAGAGUUUCAGAGAAAUAUAUCGAAUGCAUGGAAGGAUAUAAACGAGGAAUUAAUCAAACCUACAAGGCCUCUCCUGAUGAUAUUUCUCAACUUGGCACGCGUAAUGGAUGUCCUUUACAAAUACAAAGAUGCGUACACUUAUUCAGCAAGUUUGAAGGAUAUCAUCAAGUCAUUAUUCAUCGAUGCAAUUCCAAUUCAUGCAUGUAUGUUGGUUUUCUUGUUGGUUUUGCCAAUUGUUGGAGCUCAUGAUGAAGCUUUUAAUAGAAUAAGGCAGAUGCACUAUGUAACUUCUCACCACGAUUUGAAUUUUAUAAUAACAUCUCACCAUGAUUUCUAUGCCUUCAUGAUUGUGUGCAAUAUUAACUACUGCAUGCCUCAAUCUUUUAAGAAGUCGUCAAUCCAUGAGUUUUAA